AUGUCUGCAAAGAAAAAUGACAAGGACAAGGCAAAGAAGGACAAGGAAAUGAAGAAAGAGGCUGAGUUAGCAGAACAGCAACGUUUGGCUGAUGAAGAGCAACGUCUCGCCGAAUCUCGUAGACGCGACAAGGAAGAUCGGGAACGAAAGGAACGCGAGGCAGCGGAGGCUGUUUUCAACAAGGAAGGUUCACGUCUAGCCGAGGAAAUGGCUGAAAUAGAAGCCUUGACUGCUUCUCGUACUGCUGAAGUGCUGUCGGUGUCAGAAAAUAGGAGAAAGGAUGCAGAGUGGGUCCAUCUAGUCAAAUGCACAAAGAUCCCGGACUGUGACAAGGAAAACGAAGUCAACACAUACAUUAAUAUACUCGCCGAGACGAGUUUUCCAUCUGAUGAUCCAUCACUUGAUACACUGGUACCCAUUAUCAACCAAGCUGACGAGUGCUGUGAAGAACUGGAGGCGACCAUGAAUUCACGAUUAGGUCAGAUUCAGAAAGAGAGAGAACGACUUCUGGAACAGUUAAUACUGUUACGGAAGACGAUAUAUUUACAGUUUGAGAGUGCUAGUGCUCGUAUACUUCAGUACAUGGACCAAAUGGUGGAAGACACAUCAGAGAACUUCACAUGCUCUAAAUCAUUUCAAGAGUUCAAACAUUGUCUAUGGGCUAAUCUGACAAAGAACCCAAGGCACAAAACUAUCGAUUUUGUGGAGCAAGGCAUACACAUUUCACUUCCCAAAGCACUGGUUUUGGCAGGUGUCGGUAUGCGACUCCUAUAUGAAACUGGGUCGACAGCAGCAUGUCGUUUCAAGGAUACUGUCAGGACACACUUGACAGUCAUCGGGGGUGUGCUGCAUAUGGAUUUAGUUGAAUUGCCAGAAUGGCCAACUAAAUCUGAGAGAUGGACUCUUCGAAAAAUAUUAACACCACAAAACAAAUACCUUCGACGUGUGUCAUAUCCGUUUACUGUUGAUCCAGCUGAAACGGUGCCUGAAGGAGAGGAUUCUGAUGUGGAUGUAACGGUUACUCUGAAGCUGUCACCUACAAUCGCAUCACUCCAGAAUGCCACUAUCAUGAAUUGGAAUUCAGAGACAAAUGCGUGGACUUCUGAUGGGAUACGAGAUGUCCUCUUUGAACCAGAAUUAGAACAAGUGACCUUCAAGACGUGUUAUUUAAGACCGACUGCAAUCAUACAGACGACACCUCCUGAAUAUCCUUUGACGAGCUGGUCAAUAAAACCAACAGAUACAGGAGUUCUUGUCGAAGUCGUUGGACGGCAGCAUACUCUGCUGUUAGAGAUUACUGAACGAGAUUGUUCCAUUCUUAAACCAGAGACUCAUGUCUCUAGUAGUCAGACGACGCCAUCGUUGCGUCUCAGGAGGCUGGCUCAUUCUGGACUUAACUUUAUUGGACCUCGAGAAGUGAAUGGUUUAGAGCUGGACGGGGUUGUGCUGAAGAAUCCUGCUGCCGAGGAUUCAUGUAUCUCAGGCAUUCCAUUCUGGGCUGCUGGAAUGCAGUUUAGAUCCAGCCCCAGCAACAAGAAGAUUGGCAGCUCCAAGGUUACCUUCCAGGUUCGUCAGGCUGACGCUACAGCAGAUGAAGAGGCUGGAUGGACUCAUGUCUUCUUUGAUGCCCAAGUACAAGUUGGAGAGAUCUACAAAAAGGUUGGAUUUGUGACAAAUGAAGUCACCGAAGAGACCAAGGUUACUAUUGAUGAUAGUAAUGGACCUCAGAUACAUGCUACCGUUUUCCAUGCAUUGAAGAGUAUCCAGAAGACUUCGGAUGCUCGAACUGAACCAUCUGCUAUAGUUUCAGAGAAUCUCGAGCAAGUGAUGUCGAUGGUCCGGUCGUUCAGUGUGAUUGCAUCGGAGGCUCAAGCAUCAACAGCAUCAGCACAGUAUAACAUUAUAGAUUCCUUAGACUCAACAAGAAAAGACUGGUUGCGAGACCAGUCUGCAUAUACAGAACUGGCCAGACUACAGCUCGCUCAUCCUGCAUCCACACCUCCUCCUCCUUCCCAAAUCAAUAAUACCCUCCCAACAUCACCUACGUCAAAUACAGCUAAUAUUGGGCCGGCACUGGCACUAGCGACUGCAGAGCAGUCUGCUGCUACUAUAGACAAGCCCAUAGGUGCUAUAGAAUUAGAAGAAGAUAGGCCGGAAUCCAUCAAAACGUUCGACAUCAACCACGAAAAAGUCAACGUCGAGAAUCCUGUGAGCGUGAGCCAGCAACAUCAAGGCUCCUCCACUACCAGGGCCACUAAUAUUAAUAGUUUAGCAGUCACUCUCCCACCUCUCUCGCCUAUAAAUUAUACGAAAUCGUCACCGACAUCGCCGAGUAAACGUGUCCAGAGAUUCUUCUCAGUGUCGCAGCUGGCUGCCUUGAGAGAAAUUACGUCAACAAGGAGCUACCCGUCAUUAGACAGUCCUAUCUGGGAAGCUCUUUUCCAGGACAAGUUUGAUGCCAUAUUCUCGCGUCAGGAACAGGCCAUAGAGUUGGAAAUGGCUACUAUUCCGCUUGGUCAAGCGUUGAUUAGGAAUAAUUCAUCUACGAAAAACUUUAAUACCCUUCUAUUAUAUCUAUUAUCUCAGUUGAGAUUCAUGAGGAAUGUCGCCUAUGACAGUGAAUGGCCGGUCGAAUGCCAGAACGCCAUGUUUCUGUGCAGGAUAUUCAUAAAGACGUUUGUGGAUAAUCUGUCGUACCCACAGAUACAUGAUAUGUUUGAAAACGACCGACUGCCUCCUGACAGUGAUGCUUCAUCACAGACAAGGAGCUCUCCGUCCUCGUUACAUGAAGCGGUGGAAGGAUUAGGUGCCAGUAAAAUGGAUGUUGAUCCUGAUGUCGUUAUAGAUCCAAAUCCAAGAGCUGAACUUCUGCUUGAAGAAGUACUGAAUGUAAUUAUAUACGCUGGAUACAGCCCUCUAUCUUCCUACGAAAUAUACCUCGAAUCGUUGAAUCUGCUAAUUGUGAUGUGCGCAUCGCAAUUACAACAUCCAUCCGAUCAGACGGUCGCUGAUAACUACUUCUUGGAUGUCUUGUUUGAGAGAUUUGGUUAUCUCGCCAAUGAUUUGAUAGCUGCUCUGCUAUUGAAUUUCGUCAAGCAGCCUCAACGGCCAUCAUUGCUAGGUGGUGUAUUAUACUCUGCCUAUUCAUAUCUCUUCAACAACGACAAGCAGAAUCCUACUGCCGCAUCACCAAUCGCAGAGAAGAGCGUUUUAGUAUUUCUGAUACUAGCAAAUCAGUAUCCAAAGCAUUAUGGCAAUGCUUUCAGACGUGCUAUUGGAGAGUUCGAAGACUUGGAAGCAAAACCGUCCAAGGAUAUUGAAGCACCGUCAUCUCCAGCUAAAGAUAUGGCAGCCAAGGUGUCAUUCAGAGUGGUCUACGAUCAGAUCUGCAGCACGAUACCAUCUGAAGAGACGUCAUUGCUUUUGUAUCUGCUGAUGCUGAAGAAUGACGCAUUCAGAGUCUACAUACUGUGCAGGACUGAUGUUGAUGGAUUGGUAUUACCAAUCCUGAAACAUAUACACGAUACCCUGGAAGUCAAGACCAGGUAUUCGCAACUAUAUGUGUUGCUUAUAGUGAUUCUCUUGCUGACGCAAGACGACACCUACAACGAAAACCUCCAACGAAUAAUGAUCACACCACCGCCUUGGUACGCUGAUCGAAUCAUCAAGUCGAUCUCACUGGCAGGCUUCACGACAUUAAUAUUGGUGAAGACGAUUCAGGACCACUACUUCCAUACAAACUGCCUCGCAGCAUUAGCCAACAUGAGCAGCAAGACCGCUGGAAUGCAUUCUGUGGUUGCCUCACGGCUAAUAAAUCUAUUGGACCUGGUCACAAGGAGAUAUGGCAAGCUUAUGGGUGGUCUGCCGCCUGUAUACGGUGCUCAGACACCAACGACACCCAUGUCUAUUAUGACGCCAAUACUUGGGCCAGCUCCAAAUUCCGUCGAUUGCAAGGUCUAUAGUGAUGUUAUAGCUCUGAUACUGGAGAUAAUAAACUCAGUAAUGACCCAUACACUCCAACAUAAUCCUCAGUUGGUAUAUGCUUUAUUGCAUCGACGAGACAUGUUCGCUCGUAUUGAAACUGAGCCUCGAUUUGCUGAACUGGUUGAGAAUAUAAAUACGGUUGUAUCGCACUUUCAAGCCAAGCUUAGUGAAGCUGGUUUGCGAAGUCCUACUUCCGAUGAAGUGCUACAAGUGAUUGAGCGUGCUGCCAAGACAUGGCAAGGCACUAAGCUCAGAGCAUUCGAGGAGCUCAAGUUUCAAUACGAAGAAGAGCAAGAGUUUUCACUCUUUUUUCUGCCGUAUGUUUGGAGUUUAAUCUAUCGCUCUUCAUUGAUUCACUGGGAUGAAUCAAACACUCAUGUACUAUUGUCGAGUGUCGUUGCACCACUCGAUCAGAUAGAUUUAUCAGUGCCAUUAUGA